AUGAUCUAUUCAGCAAAUGACGAUUGUAAUUCAGCUAAAAAACGUCUUUUAAAAGAUCUUAUUCAAAUUCAAUCAUUAGCAAUUCAAGAUGGUGUUACAGCAACACCAUUAAAUGAAUCAAAUCUAUUCGAAUGGCAAGCUAUCAUAACAGGACCUGAUGAUACACCUUAUGAAGGUGGUAUUUAUGAAUUAUAUAUUUCAAUACCAUGUGAUUAUCCAGUUAAACCACCAAAAGUACGUUUUAAAACUGAAAUAUUUCAUCCAAAUAUAUAUAAAAAUGGUGAUAUAUGUAUUGAUAUAUUACAAAAUCAAUGGAGUCAAGUAAUGAGUAUAGAAAAAAUUUUAAUAUCAAUUCGUAGUUUAUUAAAUGAACCAAAUAUAAAUAGUCCAGCGAAUCCUGAAGCUGCUUUAUUAUAUAAAGAACAUCGAAAUGAAUUUCAUCGACGUAUACGUAAUGAUAUUAAUAAACAAAUAAAUGAAAAAUCAGUCCUACUUACACCAUUAAAUUCAUAUGAAAAUGUUUCUCCUUUUUUUGAAAAAUAA